AUGUCGAAGAUGUUCUGGGAUUUGAUCAAGAAGUCCGAAUUCAGAUUACCAGAAUCGAAAAAACCAUAUGAUGUCGAUAAGAAGGAUCACCCUAGAUAUUGCCUAUAUCACGGAUUGCUUGAGCCCAAAAGGGAGGGUUGUAUCAGCUUCAAAGAGUGGCUCGAGAAGAACUUCAAGAAUGAGAACAUAAUGAUCCCAAAAGAAUAUUUUAGAGAACCUGAAACUGGACUUCUCACGCAAACCCUAGCUGCAUUACUUUCCUCUGUGCCCUACCCUUUCGGUGCAAGGCUGCCUGUCGCUUUACUUGCUCCUCACUUCCUCUGCUCACCGCUUUCUCCACCAUCUCAUGCAACCCUUGUCGCCACUUCCCUGUCUCUAUCGAUUUUGGCUCAACCCAGCAAGCCCGGCGACUAUCAGCUAAAAAAGAGCAUCAGCCACGUUCUUUCUAAAAUAACACAAAAGAUUAAGCUUAGUCCCGAAAACUACGCUUUCCAUAUCGAUGGCAGUGAUUCAAAUGCUAUCUAUGGCCACGCUCAGUGCCGAGGGGACAUAAAUCAGGAGAACUGUUUGGCAUGCAUUUUAGAAGCGACACGUAGAAUAGAAAAGGAUUGCAAUUCUUCGGCCCAAGUGGAAAUUUGGUACGAAGAAUGCUUCCUCCGCUACGAUUCCACAAAUUUUCUUAAGCAGGUAGUCCCGGGCCCCGUUUUUGGUUGGUCUUCAAAGCAAAUUCAUGCAAAUGAUGGUGAUAAAUUCAUAGCAACCGUGCACAGAGUAAUGGAAGUGGCUACUAUGAAAGCAAAGACAGCAUCUAACAGGUUUGGAGCAAUGGAAAUUAUAAAUUUAAAGAACAGGAUAAGUGUCUAUGGAAUGGUACAGUGCACCGGAGAUCUCCAGCCAUUAGAAUGCAACGACUGCAUAAAUUCAUUGGUGAAUGGUAUUCGAUCAAGAUGUGGAGGUGGGACCUACUUAAAUUGCAAUAUGCUUACUGCCAGUUGUAUGUUGAGAUAUGAAACUCAUGAUUUUCCCGCUCCCCCUAUUGCAUAGCACUAGUUUCUAAGUUUGAAGAUCCAUCUUUAGAGCGAUGUUAUCAGUUGUUUCAUCUUUAAUUUUUUUCUUUCUUGUGUAUCUUGUGUUAAUUAGUCAUAAGAUGCAUCAUGACUAAUCAACUUAUCUAGUUCCCAAUCUUUUGAUUUUAAAUAACU